AUGUACAGAAUGUUCCUAGAAUUAUGCACAUUACAAGGUGUUUCUGGUGAGGUCUCAGAUGGAAAGGGGGAGCGUUUAUUGGACACUGAAGGAAAGGUGACUGAUCUGUGUUAUAAAGCAGCGGAGAACUUGGCUGUAUUAUGGAUAGUACAUAAAGGCCUCCCCCAGCAGGAGGAGGCAUCAGACCUCCUCACCGCUCCUGAGUCCUCCCUCCUCACUUCCCUCGAGUCUUCUCUACUGACACCAUGGGUUGCUGUGAUUGUGGAAGUUGUGGGCUGCGGUGGUGGCUGUGGUGGCCGCUGCGGUGGCUGUGGUGGUGGCUGUGGUGGUGGCUGUGGCGGUGGCUGUGGUGGUGGCUGUGGCAGCUGCACCACCUGCAGGUGCUACCGGGUGGGCUGCUGCUCCAGCUGCUGCCCCUGCUGCCGCGGCUGCUGUGGGGGCUGCUGUAGCACACGUGUGAUCUGCUGCUGCCGCCGCACCUGUGGCUCAUGUGGCUGCGGCUGUGGGAAGGGCUGUUGCCAGCAGAAGAGCUGCUGCCAGAAGCAAUGCUGCUGCUAG